AUGGAAGCUUGCAUGCAACGGUUUUGCCGGCCCAAUAUUCCAAAUUUGGAAUUUUACAACAAGGGACAUCAUGCUGGAUUCUUGCAAGCUCUGAAUGUUGUAAAUUGGUUCUGGCGGCCAACUACCAAGCGGCCCCAAAAGCACACUUGCCUUUGUCCGAUCAAGAAAGGUUGGUCACCGACCAAGGGAUCCAGUGUGUUGGAGACAUUUCAAGAUGGUAAUCAAAUUGCAGGAGUGGAUGACACCAAACAAGGUUACUUAGAAGAAGCUUUUGAUCAAGACUAUGAACCUGAAGAUGAUGAAGAGGAUGAUGUCAAUCUAUGUGGACAAUUUGAUGAUAUCAAUCACUCCAAAAGAGACAAGCUCUUGGAGACAUUUCAAGAUGGCGAUCAAAUCGCAGGAGUGGAUGAAACAGAACAAGGUUACUUAGAAGAAGCCUUUGAUCAGGACUAUGAACCUGAAGAUGAUGAUGAACGUGAUGUCAAUCUAUGUGGACAAUUCAAUGAUAUCAAUCACUCCAAAAGAGACAAGCUCUUGGCAGAUGCAGACAAUGAUGUCAAUGAUAUGCCAGAACUCACUGUCAGAUUCCGCGGAGAUGAUGAUCAUGAAUCAGAUGACGACAAUUGA